AAAGCUGAUACCGAGUCCGACAGUCAGACUGGGUUCCGGGCGUCGGACAGGGACCCAUGCCCGGCCCGAUGGUGGAGAGAUCGGCUCCUAGUCCGUACAUGACCCGGACACCCAGCCCCGUCGACGGCGACGAGGAGGGCACGAUCCCCCCACAGGCGGCGGCCGCGGCCGCAGCGGCGCACAUCAUCGUUAUGGAGCACAAUGCAUAAACCAGGCCAAAUUCGAAGCAGACAGAUCACAUCCGGCCAUCGGUUGUAACGUUAAAAAAAAUCCGUUUAUUGUUAAAUCCACCACACGUCGUCUCCGUUGAAUAGUAUCCGGGAUCGACGCUUGUUAUCCGGGAUAAUUCGGCGACCGGUCGUCCGAUUGGCACGAGUUUCUUCUUCUAAGCUUCAAAGACAGAGUCUAUAAAAUGGCAAAAUGACACGAUCGAAGGGGGUUUUCUUCUAUUUGGAAAUGUGUUGACCCCCGAGAGGCAGCACCCUCAGAUGGUCUGCCAUCUUAGCUCCAUCAUCAUCAUCAUCAUCAUCAUCCCGCCUACUCCCCAGCACCGUGCUGCGUAGCCUGCAAGCCGGAACACUUUCAUUGUCGUUAUUGUAAUUAGCUUCUAGGCCAUUAUAGAACCCCACUAUUAUUCAAGAAAAAUAGCUGCUUAAAAAUACGUAAAAAUAUAUUUGCAUUUUAGCAAUCAUUGAAGUGAAAUUUUUCAUUGAAGGGACAGGGAACCGUGCACUUCAACUCUCCUUGCAGCAGGAGGUGACAACAAGAAAGCAACAUGACGUUUAAUCAGACCAGGACCGUCCGCACUUCUUCUACUCUGCUGAAAGACAGCAGCUGGAUCAGAAGAGACGAGGAUGAGUUUGAGCCUGUCGACCGAGACCCGAACUUUGGCUCAUCUGUUCUGAGUCCGUACACAUCCAUCGACAGCAUAAACAGCGUGGGUGCAGAAACACAAAUUACCAAAAGCAAGUCAACAUCUGUGCAGGCUCUCACCAAGAGAUUCAGCAGCAGUCAGGACGAGCUGAAUGGCAGCCCCUACAGCGUGUCCAAGUCGUACUCCAGCUCUUCCUAUUCAAACACGGAUCCAAGUUCAAGCACGACGACCACCACAGUCAGCAGGGAUGGGAAAACAACGGAGACCACGUUCACCACAAGUCUCAGAAAAACUCCCUCCGAGACCUUCAGUGAGCGCGUGCAGUCUUCCAGCAAGGGGUUACUCUACUCAAACCUCUCACCGACCAGGACGACAAGCGUGACGGAGACGUAUAGCAGCCAAAAAGACACUGAGGACAAACUGUAUGAUACGCUCCUCCCCAGUGCUCUCAGGGAUGACAUCAGUGACAGCCGGACCUACAUUGACGAUAACCCCACCACCCGCAUCACCUCCUACACUGUCAGCAGCAACAGCCUGCCCAGUCAGGACUACAGCAAAAACUACUACUACUCCUCCACCAAACCCAGUUACGAGUACAGCGGCAUCGGCAGCCCAUCUGAGUACACCUCAACUAUGUACAGGAGCAGCAGCACCAACGACAUCCUGUCCGCACCCAUCUCCAACUCGUCCAUCAGAACCGUGUACACGUCCCCUGAUAGGAGCGUAUUUGAGAGGGAGCUGUGCACCUACUGCCAUAAGCCCUUCAACGGCGACGCCAAGAUGAUCUUGGAUGACAUGAACAUCAACUGCCAUGCCUUCUGCUUUAAGUGUGAGGUGUGUAACGGCACGCUGGGCCACAUGAAAGCGGGCGACUACAUGUGGGUGUACAACCGCAUGGUGCACUGUGAGAACUGCUUUGACAACACCAGAGAAAAGUGGCGACGCUGAGUGACCCUCACUUGGCUCUGAUGAAGAAAAGCAAGUGAUUUAAAAACCGUAUUAAAGAUAUUAAUGCGUUUAAUCAGUUUGCGAUAUUUUUUAAUCAAGGUGUUUCUAGACAAUGAUGAUCACAUGGAAUAUAUAUUUUAUUUCUAUUAUUUCCUGUAGGCUUUAAGGGACUCUUCUUAGUAAUAUGAAAACAAUACUGUGAUGUGGAUGGCCGGGUGUUUGUUCCUGUGUGCAAUAAAAGCAAUCACUGUAUUGAUAUCA